AUGUCGACCAACUCCAUCAAGCUGUUGACUGGCAACAGUCACCCGGAGCUUGCCAACCUCGUUGCUGACCGGCUCGGCAUUGAGUUGACCAAGAUUAUGGUCCUGCAAUACUCCAACCAAGAAACCAGUGUCACAAUCGGCGAGAGUGUCCGCGACGAAGAUGUCUUCAUUCUCCAAUCCACGAAACCCGACGAUAUCAACGACGGACUCAUGGAGCUCCUGAUCAUGAUCAACGCCUGCAAGACCGCCUCCGCCCGCCGCAUCACAGCCGUCAUCCCCAACUUCCCAUACGCCCGCCAAGAUAAGAAGGACAAGAGCCGUGCUCCCAUUACCGCCAAACUCAUGGCCAACAUGCUCCAGACCGCCGGCUGCAACCACGUUAUCACCAUGGACCUGCACGCCAGUCAGAUCCAGGGCUUCUUCAACGUCCCCGUCGACAACCUGUACGCUGAGCCCAGUAUGCUCAAGUACAUCCGCGAGAACCUCGAUGUCAGCAACUGUGUCAUCGUCAGCCCGGAUGCCGGUGGUGCUAAGCGUCCGAGGACUAAUCUUGGGGUUUCCGUUAGUGCUACUGCUAUUGCUGAUCGCCUGGACUUGCAAUUCGCACUUAUUCACAAGGAGCGUGCUCGCCCCAAUGAGGUCUCGCGCAUGGUUCUUGUCGGUAACGUCAAGGACAAGGUCGCUAUUAUCGUUGACGAUAUGGCCGACACUUGCGGUACGCUCGCCAAGGCCGCUGAGACUGUUAUGCAGCACGGCGCAACUGAGGUCAACGCCAUUGUCGUGCACGGUAUUCUCUCCGGCAAGGCUAUCGAGAAUUUGAACGGUAGCUGUCUGAAGCGCAUCAUCGUCAGCAACACCGUCCCGCUGGGCGACAAGAUCGAGCGCUGCGAUAAGAUCAAGACGAUUGAUAUCAGCCCUACAUUGGCAGAGGCUUGCCGCCGUACACACAACGGCGAGUCAGUUAGCUUCUUGUUCUCGCACACUGUGGGGUAA